CCAAUCAAUGCAGUUCCUGCUCGGUACUGCGCACGGUCAAUUGGCGCUGCCCUGUCAAGUUUUGGUUUCGUCAAUUUCAAGCCUGGUACAAAAACAUAUCUCGACAACCGGACCCGCAGCACACAAAACAGCCUUUUACAAUAGAUGACUCGGCUUAUAAGGCUACAACAGCUGCAGUGGCAGCUACAAGAGAACAGCGUCUACGUGGAGAAAAACAGCGAAGACACGAAUUGGCCGAACUCCAAAGCAAGGAGGACCAGCGCCGACGCCAAGAGGCGAACGGGAGCGAGAAUUGAUAAAAAUGUUCAGUUUAAUAACGCAACGCCCAAGCAAGCGAUGCAGUGCUUCCAAAGAAUUUACGGCGACGAGAACGACGAGUCUAAGGAAUUGGCGAAAGAGUUCGGCGGGAAGAUUCCAGAUGGGGCGUUCUCUAUAGCCGAUAUCCAAGGCUUCUUGACAGAAAAUAAGAAUGACUUAGCCCAAGCGGUUGAGAAAACAGACGCGUGGGUCUAUUCUUGGCAGAAGGAGGUCUCGGCAGAAGGAGGUCUCGGCAGAAGGAGGUCUCGGCAAAAGGGGGGCUUUCAGGAACUUCCGAUUCUGGUGACAAUGUGCUACAGCCGAAUCUGCGACAACUCAAAAUUGGCUCAGAAACUGGGAAUUUGGUAGCGAGCGAUAUUUCCAACGCCGAGAUGUCGCGAUGGGUGGGUGCGCAAUAAUCACGAGGGCGUUCAUUUAGUUAGUCGUCAGCAUCCGGCUGGUGGAGACGUGGGAUUCUUCGGCUCGGCAUUCUGCUGAUAGGAUCGUUCAGAUAUACCAAGAUAGUAACCCGCCAAUCAGGAAGCAUCGCUAGGUUUAGGCUAAAUUAACCGCGCCUGAUCGCAUGUAAAUGCUUGCCCGAGACUAUAAACCACUAGAGGGGAAGGGGGCC